GAGAGCUGAGCGGAGCGAGGGAGCGCUAGAGAGUGAGAGAAAGAGAGAGAGAGAGCGAGAGAAAUAUCCCGCAACUCAGCACACUCACAGAGAACGGACAGACACGGGAAGGAAAUAGUGAUACAAGGAAAUAAAAAAAGACAGAGGAGGAGAAGAAAAGCAAGGACAAACAGAUAAAAAGAGAGAAGAAGACGGAGGAUACGGCUUUGGAGACCAAAACAAACGGAGAGUUUUCGGACAGUGGACUCUACACAGCUCAGCUCACACACUCACACUGACACUCUCACAGGCGCUCAGACACAGACACAGACACACUUUUCCGCGCAAGGACUCCGGCUGGCUGUCUCUGGCUGUAAUUCUCAUUAGCCGCUGGUGGCAGGGAUUGAGAGUGUGUGUGUGUGAGAGAGAGAGAGAGAGAGAAAGAGAAAGAAAGAGAGAGAGAGAGCAAGGCUCAGACUGAGAGAGUGUGAGAGUGUGAGUGCGUGCGUGUGUGUGUGUGAGAGAGGAAGAGGGUGAGUGCAGUGUAUGCAGGCGGCGCAUGUGUGUGUGUGAGAGCCGGCUGCUCCACUGGAGUCCGCGGGACCAUGGCACCUGGCAGAGCGGCACCGCCGAGCUGAGGACACACUCACACACACUUUCACACACACCUACACCUAGACACACACACUCGCACACACACACACACGUUAUACAGAUAGACACAGCAGCACAAGAGGAGUGUCACCGGCGCAAGCAAGGGGAAGAAGAGCAAAGGCAUUGAGUCCUUUGAGCGUGUCUUGGUAGACACACACAUCGGCCUAUCAGAGGAGACCGCAGGGGAGGGCACACAGCCAGCUCAGGCUGAGAUUGGCCGACAGCAAAGAUGAUGACCAUGAUGCUGAUGAUGAUGAUGAGCUCGCUGAUGAUGGUGUUGUUCGGCUCGUUGCUGGUCGUCCAGGCUGCAUCCUCUUCCUCACCCCCUCCCACCUCACCGCCCUCCUCCCCUCGCAUGAAGCUCUCAUACAGAGAUCUACAGCAGCUGAGUGGCGUGAGGCGGUACGACCUUGACCGCUCGUGCUGCUUUGGGACGCUGCUAUUGGACGAGGAGCGAGGCCGCUUGUUCGUGGGGGCGCGCAACUACCUGCUAUCUCUCAGCCUGGACAACAUUAGCAAGCAGGAGCACAAAAUCCACUGGCCGGCCCCUGUGGAAUGGAGGGAGGAGUGCAACUGGGCGGGAAAAGACAUCAAUACUGACUGUGUGAAUUAUGUGAAGGUCCUUCACCACUUCAACCGUACACACCUGUAUGCCUGUGGCACUGGGGCCUUCCACCCCACCUGUGUCCAUGUGGAGGUGGGACAGAGGAUGGAGGACCAUGUUUUCCGGAUCGACACGGCUAAAGCGGAGGACGGCAAAGGAAGGACUCCAUAUGACCCCCGACAUCCAGCUGCCUCGGUUAUGAUUGGUGACGAGCUGUAUUCCGGAGUGGCCACUGACCUGAUGGGGCGGGACUUCACCAUCUUCCGCAGUCUGGGCCGCCGGCCAUCCAUCCGCACCGAGCAGCACGACUCACGCUGGCUCAAUGAGCCCAAGUUUGUGGGAGCCUUCUAUGUUCCGGAGAGUGAAAACGAGGACGACGAUAAGAUCUUCUUCUUCUUCCGCGAGACGGCCGUGGAGGCCCAGGGCUUCGGAAAGGUCACCUACGCUCGGAUUGGUCAGCUGUGCAGAAAUGACAUGGGUGGUCAGCGCAGCCUGGUGAAUAAGUGGGCUACAUUCCUGAAGACGCGUCUGGUGUGCUCGGUGCCGGGAAACGAUGGCAGUGAGACCCACUUCGAUGAGCUCCGUGACGUCUUUCUGCUGCAGACCAGAGAUAGAAAAAAUCCACUCUUCUAUACCGUCUUCACCACCUCAAGUAGUGUGUUUCGAGGGUCGGCCGUGUGCGUGUACACCAUGAGUGACAUCAGGAGGGCCUUCCUGGGGCCCUUCGCCCAUAAGGAGGGGCCACACUACCAGUGGAUACCAUACCCGGGCAAGGUCCCCUACCCACGCCCAGGCAUGUGUCCCAGCCGGACGUACGGCAGCUUCGACUCCACCAAGGGCUUCCCGGACAGCGUGAUCCAGUUUGCGCGUCAUCACCCGCUCAUGUUCAACCCCGUGACCCCGCUGGGCGGCCGGCCCAUCUUCCUCAGCACCUCCCCCGACCACAGCUUCACCCAGAUCACCGUGGACCGCGUCAACGCCGCCGACGGACAGUACGACGUCAUGUUCAUCGGCACAGACGUGGGGACGGUGCUGAAGGUCAUCUCUCUGCCCAAGGGAGGCACCUGGAGCAGCACAGCACUACUCCUGGAGGAGCUCCAAGUCUUCAAGGACUCCUCAUCUAUCAUUAACAUGCAGAUCUCCUCCAAACGGCAACAACUGUAUGUGGGCUCAGACACGGGGCUGGUUCAGCUGCCUCUGCACCGCUGCAGUGUGUAUGGUAAGGCCUGUGCAGAGUGCUGCCUGGCCAGAGACCCCUACUGCGCAUGGGAUGGAUCCACCUGCACUCGAUACCUGCCCAACACCAAGAGGCGAUUCCGGCGGCAGGACGUCAGAAAUGGUGACCCCAACACCCUCUGUUCUGGAGACCAUAACAAGCAGCGGGUGAUGGAGAAGAAGCUGUUUGGGGUGGAGGAGAGCAGCUCUUUCCUCGAGUGCAUCCCCAAGUCCCUACAGGCCAAAGUCACCUGGACCUACCAGAGACACCCCAACAACCCCCGCGAAGAGGUGCGUCUGGACGAGCGCGUGAUCCAACUGGAGAGGGGUCUCCUCAUCAGGAGCGUCCACCGGCGCGACGCCGGCCUCUUCCACUGCCACGCCACCGAGCACGACUUCACCCAGACCAUCCUGCACCUCACCCUGGACGUGGUACCCUCCGCUACCCUCACGCCCCGCUCCCUCCAGCCGCCCAGUCAGAAGCUCUGGUACCGGGACUUCCUGCAGCUCCUCGACCAACCCAACAUGGGCGCCGUGGACCAGGUGUGCCAGCAGGUGUGGUCGCGCAAGCACAACGGCGGCGGCGGCCAAUCGGGGAAGAGUUCAUCGUCGUCGUCGUCUAUCAAUCAGGCGAAAGGAGGUCAACCGCCAGCGCAGCAGCUACCGCCGUCGCUGGAGAAGAAGAGCGCUACGGCACAGAAGGUCUGGAAGAUGAAGAAGGGGCGGAGCAGGAGAACACACGACAAGCACAACCCCCGAGCACCGCGCAGCGCCGGCGAGUAACAAGGGAUCCAAUGACACGACAGAGAGACAGAAAGAGAGAGAGAGAGAGGAGAGAGAAGGAGAGAGAAAGAGGGACAACAGAGACAUCCAUACAGUCAGCUCAUACUUGUCUGUUCACAGUCUUUCCAGAAGCCAAUCUGAUAAAGUAAAUACAUAUUUUCACAUGUGGACGUGUAUAGG